AUGAAUAAUAUUGGUAUGAGAAAUUUAUUUGGAGCCACACAAGAACAACCAUUCAUCAACUUCAAUGAUGAAAAAAUGUAUUUCUUUCAUGACAGUCCACAUUUAAUUAAAUCAGUGAGAAAUAAUCUGAAAAAAUACAAUUUUAGUUAUGACAAUGAUUUUUGUAGUUGGUCAGAUUUAGAAGAUUUUUAUAAUUUAGACAAAAAUAAAAAGCCAAGGUUAGCUCCUCGAUUAAAUAAAAUUCACAUGGAUCUACCACCAUUCUCACCAAUGCGUGUUUGUUUAGCAACCCAAACAUUAAGCCAUUCUGUUAGUUCUGGUAUGAUGACUUUAAUUUCACUGAAUGAAAUGAAAAGUUCAGCUAUACAUACAGCAAGAUUUAUAGAAUUCUUUGAUAAUUUAUUUGAUGUUUUUAACAGUAUAACACACAGUGAGGCAAAAACAUUAAGAAAGCCAUUAACUAAAACUUCUGAUCAUUGGAAAUUUUUGAAUGAAGCAGAACAGGUAUUAGGAAAACUUAAAGUUCACAAUAGAACUGGUAAAUUACCACCGUGUAUAGUAGGUUGGAGAGAAAAUAUUAUUGCCUUGAAAUUGUUAUUUAAGGAACUAGAUGAAAAAUACAAAAUAGAUUUCUUAUUAACAAGAAGACUAACACAAGACAGUGUAGAAAAUGUGUUCUCAGUAGUAAGGUCAAGAGGAGGUAAUAAUGUCACACCUGAUGCCACAAAAUUUCAUUCAGCAAUCCGUAUGUGUAUGUGCAAUACUUUGUUAGAACCCUCCAAAAGUGGAAAUUGUGAAUCUGAAUGUGAUGCAGUUCAGUUCUUGACUAAAUGCAGUGAGCUAAAAAAAAUUAAAAUACAGCUAAAAGUAAUAGGUGAUCCAAAUGAUGAUGAAUAUUCUGAUAAAGAAGAUUUUCUUAACUUACAUUUAUAUUCAAUGAAUAUUGAAAAUAUACUAAUGGAGAAUCAUGAGGCUUGUGCGAUAGGCUAUGUAGCUGGAUGGAUGUGUAGCAAACUGAUUCAUCAAGAAUGUGUAGAUAAGCUAGCUGCCAAAAGUGAGGAUAAUUCUCAAGUCAACCUGGAAAAUACACACAUAGAAAUGAAAUCAUAUCAAAAUGCCAAUUUAUUAUAUCCAUUUAAAAACACACUGGAAUUUGCAAAAAAAGUUACGUGUAUAUUUAAUUUAAAUAUAGAGUCACUUUUGUUAAAAAAUAAAACCGGUGUUCGAAAAGAAAUUAUAAAAAUUGUUGAUAUUGUUUGUAAGCCAUUAAAUAUAUGUGAUGCAUGUAAGACCGAAUUCUUGAAAAAAUUGUUAAAUGUAUUAAUAAAUAGUUUCAUAAAAAAUAGCAAUAAUAACAUUGAUGUCUUCAAAAUGCAUUCAAAAAAUUAA